UGAAUGUGAACUGGACUCUGAAGCAGAAACCCUGAAGCAGUGUUACGGGCCGUUGACCUGUCACUGAUGGGUUCUGAUCAGCUUUCGUUGCCUCAUUAUCCUUAAAGCCUCCAUGGAGCUCAUCCAGGCCUCCCAGCUGCCUCAGGAAACCUGGAUCACCAACUCCCAUUUCCUGCUUCUCUCCACUCCUUCUGAACCUUUCCUGGACUUCACCCCGAGUGACGGCUCUUUCCUCUCCAACAGCAGCUGCCAGAAUGACACCAAACCAGAGCCUGGAUCCCUCCCUGGCUUGGCGGGAAUCUUCAUCCCUCUUAUCUACGGGAUAGUGUGUGUUGUUGGCCUCGUGGGCAACACUCUUGUCAUCCAUGUUGUCGUCAACUACACCAAGAACGAGUCGGUCACCAACAUCUACAUCCUGAACCUGGCCAUCGCGGACGAGCUCUUCAUGCUGGGCCUGCCCUUCCUGGCGGUGCAGAACGCUCUGCUCUCUUGGCCCUUCGGCUCGCUAAUGUGCCGCGUGGUCAUGACCGUGGACGCUAUCAACCAGUUCACCAGCAUCUUCUGCCUGACGGUGAUGUCGGUGGAUCGCUACCUGGCCGUGGUGCACCCCAUCCGGUCUUAUUGGUGGCGGCGCCCCCGUGUAGCGAAGGCCAUCAGUGCAACGAUUUGGGCGGGGUCGUUCGUGGUGGUGCUGCCGGUGGUGGUGUUUGCAGACGUGCUGAAGGAUGACGGUAACUGCAGCAUUGUGUGGCCUGAGCCGGCUGAAGUGUGGAAGACGUCUUUUAUAGUUUACACCUGCACCGUGGGCUUCUUCUGCCCCCUGCUGGUCAUCUGCCUGUGCUACCUGCUGAUCGUCAUUAAGGUGCGCAGCGUUGGGAAGCGGGCGCAGGCCACGUCCUCUCGCCGCAGGAAGUCGGAGCGUAAAAUCACCAGGAUGGUGGUGGUGGUGGUGGCGGUGUUUGUCCUCUGCUGGCUGCCCUUCUACGCUCUGAACAUCAUCAACCUGCUGGUGGUCCUUCCUGGGGACUUCAGGGGGCUUUACGUUUUUGUCGUUGUGCUGUCGUACGCAAACAGCUGCGCCAACCCCAUCCUGUACGGCUUUCUGUCCGACAACUUCAAGAGGGGCUUCAGGAAGGCCCUGUGCGGCGCGUCUCGCCGGGUAAAGAGCAACGGCACGGAGCCGCAGCGCCCCACAGAAGAGUGGGGCGGCAUCGUGCUGCAAGUUCCAAAAAGUGAAGGGGUCGUCAAAGUGCAAAGGAAAGACUGCGGUGAAAAACAAGAAGAGGAAGUCAAUGACACAGAAGGGGCUAUUCAGAUGAGUGAAAUAUGCAAAACGGAGCCAAAUGGAAACCACAGCGGAGACUUAAAGACUCAGGCGGAGAACUCGAGUGUCAAACAUGAAGCAGAGAAAGGUUUGGGCUUCGACCCGGCAGAGGGAGCGUCCUCUAUGAUCAGUAAGAUUAGGAACAGGAAGUCACAACCUGAAGAAAGCCCGGACAAUAACUCAGUGCUAGAAAUCAGCUCUCUGUAACAGGAUUUUGGUGCAUGGUAUUUAACGUGUUUCAAAGAAUAUGAGUUGCAUCUUUGUUGUUGUCUCACAUUUGUGUUAAGCCCGUCAAUGUUAGUUGCAAAGAUGUAUUAUUUGUGAGUGGGAAACAAAACAAAGUCCAGGUGUCACACAAAGAAGGUGGUCCCAGAUGUUCCCCUGCAUCUUUGUCUUUGUAACAGGAUUUUGGUGCAAACUGUUUGAAGCGUUUCUCUGAUAUUCAGACGACUGCU